AUGGCACAGGAGAUCCUGGGGAAGGUUGUGGGUCCGCAGAGGGAAUGGGGUGCAGGGUCUGCCCGGGCAUGUCCGGUGCCCAGGGCUUCCUCCUCCCCACAGAUCCACUGCCAGAUUCACGGGGAGUGUCCUCAGCCAUCCCUCUCACCCGCCGAGCAGCACCUAGAGUCGCCGGUUCCCAGCGCCCCGGAGGCCCUGGCGGGCGGUCCCACCCAGGCCCCAGGGAGCGCCAUGGCCCGUGCACGCCAGGAGGGCAGCUCUCCGGAGCCCGUAGAGGGCCUGGCCCGCGAAGGCCCGCGCCCCUUCCCGCUUGGUCGCCUGACACCACACCUGCGGUGUUGGCUGGCCCAAAACACGAGCAAAACAAAAAAUGCCCGCGAUGCCCCCCCCCACAUCCCUCCCCUGCCGGCCUGGCAGAGGCGACCUCAAGGCUGUGGCUCAGGAGUAGAGCCCUUGCCUAGCAUGGGAGGCCCUGGGUUCCUUCCCAGCGCAGGACUAAACCCCAGCAGCAGCAACAACCACCAAAAACAAAGGAGACCUCAGAGACAAGAGGAACAGCAGCGACACCGCCCCUCACCCUGGAGGGUCUUGUACAAUCUCAUCAUGGGACUCCUGCCCUUACCCAGGGGCCAUGGAGCCCCAGAAAUGGAGCCCAAUUAGGUGCCUGCACCCGCCCGGUGGACGUUGGGGACUUGGGGGGCAGGACCCUCCCACCUCCUGAUGCCCUGGCCAGCGCGGGGGACUUUUUCUGCACCAUGUAGCAUACUGGACUACCAGCCCUGCCUGUCCCAGGGGCAGGCCGGGCAGCCACUCCAGCCCCGGCCUACCUGGGCGCAGUGAUGGAGAAGUGGACUCCUGGGCCCCUGGCACAGCCGCCAGGGGAAGGAGGGCUGAAGGACUCAGCAUCUGAAGGCGGCGGUGACUGAGGGGGUGGGGACUGAGCCACCUGCCUCUGCCGCCCAUCACCAUCUCAGGAAAGGCUGCUGGUGCUGGCUGCCCGUUCCAGCUGCAGGGGGGACGCUGGGGGCCUCCCCAGUGCUCCUUCACUUUGGGCCUGGCCUCAGGCCUCUGGUGCUUCCCCCCCUCCUCUUGGGGAGGGGGCCCAUGAAGAGCAAAUGAGCCAAACGUGACCACUAGCCUCCUGGAGCCAGAGAAUGGGGUGUGUCUGAUGGCCUCCCCAGCCUAGCGCCCAGCCAUCUUCCCUGAGCCGGCCGGCGGGUGGCGGGCUCGCCUGCCUCACCUUCAUCUGGGGGUGGCCAGGAGGGGCCCAGACUGUGAAUCCUGUGCUCUGCCCAUGACCACCCCCGUCCCCAUCAAUCCCAUUGCAUAGGUUUAGAGAGCACGUGUGACCACUGGCGUUCAUUUGGGGGGUGGGAGACUUUGGCAGAAGCCGCCCCAGCCUUAGUCCCCAGGGCCAAGCGCUGGGGGGAGGACGGGGAGUCAGGGAGGGGGGGAGUCUCAGAAGAGGGAGGAGUCUGGGAGCGGGGAGGGGUGGCCCAGCCUGUAAAAUACUGUAUAUGCGCUGCUGUAGAUACCGGAAUGAAUUUUCUGUACAUGUUUGGUUAAUUUUUUUUGUACAUGAUUUUUGUAUGUUUCCUUUUCAAUAAAAUCAGAUUGGAACAGUG